AUGCAAUUGCACGGGAAUCCGGUGUUUAGUCAUAACCGUUCAAUAUUGGGUAUAAAUAUUCAAUAUAUUAAAAACGGUGAAAUUAAUUUGAAAACAUUAGCAAUGGUAGAAUUAUUUGACAAGCAUACAGCAGUAAAUUUAAAAACAUCACUUCUUGAUGUACUUGUGAAGUAUGAAAUUACCCGAGAACAAAUUUACACAAUAACUUGUGACAACGCUGCAAAUAUGAUAAGGAUGGCUAGAAUAAUAAAAUUACUGUCAAUGAUAUUGGAAAUGAUUUUAUCGAUACAUGUGAAUAUGUGA